GUGUUCGAGGUAAUCCGAGUCCUCAGCCCUUCCCAGCGGUCCUCUCUGGGCCCACUGUUGACCUGCAUUCCCCCAUUUUCUCUUCCCAGCCCUCUUAGGGCUGUGGCCUCGGCCAUCCCGCGGAGAACCCUCGGGGAACCCCCGAGGGCUUGUGCUGGGGAAGCCGGUGUGAGGGGCAGCGCCGGCCGUGCUCGUCCCGGGCUCCUGGCGCGGUGGCUUCGGUCCUCCGUACGCGCGCAGCCGGCCUCGGGCACUGCGCGGGAAAAGCCCCGAGCUGGGGCACGGGGACGCGGUCUGCGGCUCGGUCCUAGCCGGAGCCAGCCUUUGUGACCUUGGGUCUCAGUUCCUAAGAAGUUUUGGUCUCGGACGGACCCGGGUAGCACGAUACGAAAGCUUAGUAGCUUUUAAGCUUGUGAACACUGCAGGAAUGGCAGAGUUCGGGAUCUCCGCUGGCCAGCUGGUGGCAGUGAUCUGGGAUAAGUCAGCCCCCACAGAGGCUCUGAAAGAUCUGGUGGAUAAACUUCAAGUGUUAACUGGCAGCGAGGACCGAGUGUCUGUGGAAAACAUUGACCAACUGCUACAGUCUGCCCACAAGGAAUCCAGCUUUGACAUUAUUUUGUCAGGUGUAGUCCCAGGAAGUACUACUCUGCACAGUGCUGAGGUUUUGGCGGAGAUGGCCCGGAUCCUUCGGCCUGGAGGGUGUCUUUUUCUGAAAGAGCCAGUAGAGACAACUGUAGUUAACAAUAGCAAAGUGAAGACGGCAUCUAAAUUGUGUUCAGCCCUGACUCUUUCUGGUCUUGUGGAAGUGAAAGAGCUGCAGAGGGAGCCUUUGAGCCCUGCGGAGACGCAGUCUGUCCAGGAACACCUGGGUUGCAACAGCAACAGUCUGCUGUCUGUUCAGAUCACAGGCAAAAAGCCCAGCUUUGAAGUGGGUUCUUCUAGUCAGCUCAAGCUUUCCAUCACCAAGAAGCCUUCUCCUUCAGUGAAGCCUGCUGUGGACCCUGCUGCCGCUAAGCUCUGGACCCUUUCAGCCAAUGACAUGGAGGACGAGAGCAUGGAUCUCAUCGACUCAGAUGAGCUUCUGGAUCCAGAAGAUUUGAAAAAGCCUGAUCCUGCUUCCCUGCGGGCCACUUCCUGUGGAGGGGAGAAAAAGAGGAGGGCCUGCAAGAACUGUACCUGUGGUCUUGCGGAAGAACUGGAGAAGGAGAAGUCAGAGGCACAGAAGAGCUCCCAGCCGAAGUCAGCCUGUGGAAAUUGCUACCUGGGCGAUGCAUUCCGCUGCGCCAGCUGCCCCUACCUCGGGAUGCCAGCCUUCAAGCCCGGGGAGAAGGUGCUCCUGAGCAAUAGCAACCUGCAGGAUGCCUAGGAGGGACCCCGAGGCCAUGCCUGCUCCACAGCCGCUCCUGGCCCUCCUCCUGCCUCCUGUGGACUUGCGUACUGUUUGAAAUCUCUGAAAUCUGUAGACAGAGCGAGGUGGGCUGCAGUGCAGUGGUGUUAGUGCUGCUCUCUCCCGAAAGACCAAGGUGUGGUAGGGCCUGGUUCCCCAAAACAGGCCCUGGUCCCUCGCCAAGUGUUAAGACCUCAUGGUAAAAUGCUGACAUACACUCUUGAGCCAGACGUCCUUAGUAUUUAUGCCCUGUGACAAGCUCCAGGCACCACCCCUGUGACAAGCUCAGUGACCCUGCCACCUACAUGUCCUUCCAAGUUGGCGGGGAGUCAGUACACACUCUUGGUGACUUGAGUCAACGGUCUCAUGACCUCAGGGCACCAGAGAGGUCACUUGCUGGUUACUGUGAUCCCAUCCUGUGUCCCUCUGUCCACUUCCACCCCAUCUGCGUCUGUUGUCAUUUCUGUUCACCGACAGGUGUUACACUUGCACACUCCCGAGUGUCAGCUCCAGGAGGGUGUGUGGGUGCAUGUGGUGUCCGUGCAUCAUCCGUGCUCUGCCCAGACCGGGACAUGUUCUCUGUGGAGGAACUUGGCGGCCCGCACAGUGGGGCCAGUGCUGUCCUUCUAAGUAGCACCUCUUCUUAGUGCUGGUUGGUGAGGAACAGGGAAGACUGGCCAGCAGCGCAUCUCUGACUGUUCUGCUGUGCAUCCCCCACAGCCCCAGAACCGGUCUUGCCAAACACUUGAAGAGAUGGUGUGGGUGUAAGAGACCGGAUUUUUGUUUGACCAAUAAAUACAAGUGUUAACUGGUAUUUCUCUGCAAA